UAUUUUUUAUUUUUUUAUUUUUUCUAUAAUUUAAAUUGUUAAUAUUUUAAAGUAAUGAACAAAAGUAAAGUCAUUAAUAAUGUCAGUGCGACAACAGCUGUGGAUUUAAAAGCAGAACUUGCACAACACAUUGAGCAAUUUGAAAAGAAUCGAUCGACUUUAGGAAAGCAAGUUCAAGCACAAAAACCUAAAGCAAAACCGACGAUUUGGUCAAAGCAAAAUAAAGGUGUACAAGAUAGAAACAAAAGAGAUGAACAAAAGGAUUUACCAGCUGUAGAGGGAGACAUAUUGAUGAAGAGUAGACGACAAUUAGAGAAAAAGGCAAAGAUGUAUGAAGCCAUGCGAACAGGACAAUUGAUAGUGGAUGAGGAAGAUGAUGAAAAAAUGCCACUCAUCGAUUUUGAUCGUAAAUAUUUUCAAGAGCGUGAGUUAGAGCAAACGAAAAAGGAAUCAAGUAGAAAAAAAAGACGUAUUAUGAAUGAAAAGGAUGAUGAUCCAUGGGUUGAAUAUGAAGAUGAAUUUGGACGUAAUCGCAUUGUACGCCGCAGUCAGCUUCCUAAACUUGCAGAAUUAUCAUAUAAUGAGGAUUCAGAAGAAGAAGAAGAAGAAAUAAAUACUGCUUAUGCUGCAUAUAGACCUAACUAUGAAGCAGCAGAUCGAAGUGAUAUGAAUCAUUAUGAAGCUGAUCGUGAAAUUAGAACAAAAGGUGUUGGUUUUUAUCAAUUUUCUAAAGACGAAGAAGAACGUCAGGAACAAAUGGAGAAAUUGAAAAAGUUAAGAGAAGAAACAGAGAAUGCCCGCAAGUCAACUGCGAGUGCAUCAACUAAACGAAAACAAAUGUUAUCUGAAAAUGCAGAAAAGAUUCGAGCUAGAAAAGCAGCAUUAAAUGCAAAGAGACGUCAUCAGCUUAAACCUGAAGAAGUACCUAAAGACGUCAAUAUACCAGCUGUCAUGAAUGAAGAGAUUGUUAUAGAUUUUUUGAAAUCAGUGCGCAAACAAAUGGAGCAGUAAAAAUAAUGUACAUAAUAAUAAACGAAACAUAUACAGGAUAUUUUUUUAUUUUUUUAUUUUAUUUCAAGUAAUUCGUAUAUGCUCUUAAUAAUGUACGACGAGCACAAUCUAAGUUAUUUUCAUAUUCA